AUAUCAGUCAAGUAAUAUUUACAUUCCAUAUUUGUGUACAUAAUUAUAGGCACUAGAUAUGUUUCUGCAUUUGUAUAUAUAUCAGUUUCUUGUACAGAAUGAAUCAAGGGAAUACAAUUGAGUAUUUUCCAAUACACCAUCAUCUUCUUCUUUACUUCUACAUGGUAUCAGAGCAGUACGAUUCCUGCAUCUGAAUACUCAUCUCUGUAAUCUAAUUUUCUGUGAGAAAGGAAAAUCCCAGGUUUGUUCUUUAUUUCCAACCAGAUCAUGGCCAAAGCCAAAACAUCACUUACCAUUCAAAAUUUCCACCAAAUGGCUAGUUUGGUGUCCGUUAAACUAUCUAGCACCAACUUUCUUUUGUGGAAAUCUCAAAUCUAUCCACUAAUUCGUAGUGCUCAGCUUCUCCAUCACCUUGAGGAGGAAGCUCCAGCAAUGACUGUCGUUAAGAAUGACAAAGAGGUACCCAACCAAGACUAUGAAGUCUGGUUAAACAACGAUGGACUCCUUACCAAUUGGUUGCUUGGAACCAUGAAUGAAGAUUCUCUAAGCCUGGUUGUUGGUUGUAACUCAACCUACCAGAUUUGGAAGUGUCUCCAGGAGCAUUAUUUGGCGUCCACAAAAGAACAGGAGCUAUAUCUAAAGGGACAAUUGAUUGUCAAGAAAGGUGAUGAUGAAUCUCUUGAAGACUUCAUCAGAAAAUUCAAGAAAACAUGUGACAGUCUUGUAGCGAUUCAAAAACCCCUUGAUGAUCUUGACAAAGUUUUUCAACUCUCCAAAGUUGUAGGGUCAUGUUAUCAACCCUACAAUCUGGCUGUUCUCUCAAAGGCUCCGUAUCCUACAUUUAACCAAUAUAUUGCAGGAUUGCAAAAUUAUGAACAGGAUCUGCAAGUCCAGAAACAAGAAAACAAAAAUAAAGCUCCUGUUUUCAGUCAGGUGUUUGUCGCUCAAAGAGGAAGAGGUCGUCGUGACAGAGGCUAUGGAGGUAGACAUUUUAAUUCCAGGGGAAGAGGAUUUGUCCAAGCUGGUAACUACAACCGGUUUGAUCAUGCAUAUCAAAGUGAAGAGCUACCUCAAGCCCUUGCAACUCUGUCUUUGGAAGAUGAAAAGGAUCCAAGACAUUAUGCUGACACCGCAGCUACUGAUCAUAUGACCUCAGAAGCAGGUAAUCUCUUUGUGAAAAGACCUUAUAAUGGUAAUCAAAAAGUUUACACAAGUGAUGGAACGCCCUUGCAGAUCUCACAUGUUGGAUCUAUGUCAGUUGGCCCUUUAAAACUUAAAAAUGUUUUAGUUGUGCUUGAACUCAAAAAAAAUCUUAUUUCUAUUAGCAAGUUUACUGAUGAUAAUAACUGUAUUUUUGAGUUCUCAUCUACUGGUUUUGUGAUUAAAGAUCAAACAACACAGGCAAUUCUGGCCAAAGGUACUAGAAAAGGGCACUUAUAUGCGCUUGAUGAAGGAGAAAAGCAUGCUCUUGCGAUAGUAACAAAUAAGGCAGCAGACUCAAUAUGGCAUCAACGUCUUGGACACCCAAACUUGCGUACCUUAAAAACUUUGUCUUCAAAGAGAAAUAUUUUUGUGUCUAAAUGGACUUCAACUCCCCACUUGUGCACUAGUUGUCAAAUGGGAAAGAGCUGUAAAUUGCCCUUUGCUAGAAAUAAUGAAAGAGCUAAGACUCCUUUCUACAAAAUACAUUGUGAUCUAUGGGGCCCUGCACCUAUUGAUUCUAUUCAUCACUUUUCAUAUUAUGUGAUUUUUAUAGAUGAUUAUAGCAGGUACACAUGGUUCUAUCCCCUCCGCAAGAAGUCUGAAUUCUUCAAUACUUUUCAAAAAUUCCAAAAGUUGAUUAAGAAUCAAUUCCACAAAACCAUUCAGAUCUUUCAAUGUGAUGGAGGAGGAGAAUUCUCAAGUUUUGCUUUCCUUGAUCAUUUGGCAACCUAUGGCAUUAUACAACAAGUCUCAUGCCCUGGUACUCCAGAGCAGAAUGGGAUUGCCGAAAGGAAACAUAGGCACAUUGUUGAGACAGGUUUGACUAUGCUACUUCACGCAAAUAUGCCACCACGCUAUUGGGUAAAAAGUUUCUCUACUGCUAUUUAUCUUAUUAAUAGACUACCUACUCCUAUUUUGAACAAUAAAAGUCCUUUUCAUGUACUUUUUGACAAAACUCCUAAUUAUUCAAUGCUAAAAGUGUUUGGAUGUCGUUGUUUUCCCUAUCUCCGUGACUAUGCAGCUCAUAAGUUACAUCCAAGAUCAUUGCCAUGUGUUUUCAUUGGGUACAGCCCAUUACAUAAAGGAUAUAAAUGCCUACACCCUCCUACUCAACGUGUCUACAUUUCAAGACAUGUUGCUUUUGAUGAACAUUUUUUACCUUAUACAGAUCUAACAAAAAUGUCUAAGAAUGUCACUACAGAUGGAGAAUUUUGCAAGUAUCCAGACUCAAAUGAGUGGUUUCAAGCUUCUUCCCAUCUUCAGCCCUCACGACAUGUAGAUGAACUUGAAACUAAUUCCCAAUCACAGUAUAAACAUGCCAUAGAUUGUCAAGAUGAAAGGGAGCACUUUCAGCAUCUACCUGAACCCACAACAGUACCUGAUCCAGCCGGGGUGAUGGGAGUUAUACCUCAACAGCACCAAGAUUCCUCUCCACAACAUCAAGACAAUGCCAACUUGAAUGUUUCAGAAACUGGGCAAAAUUCCACGGUCUCACAUCUAGCAGAAAAUCAACAAAACAAUGUAGAUGUGACUAGUGGAGAUCCACACCAAAUUAUUGAAGCCGCGGCUGAGCAUGAAGUCCAAAAUCAAAAUAUUCAGGGAGUCUCACCACCCUCUCAUAACACUACUUCUAUUUCUACUCAUCCUAUGCUUACAAGAACUCGGAUUGCAAUGAAGGAAGAACUAGCUGCACUUCAUCAAAACAAUACAUGGAACCUAGUGCCUCCUCCACUAGAGACAAAUAUUGUUGGCUCAAGAUGGGUCUUCAAAACCAAGCUAAAUCCCGAUGGCACGGUAGAAAGGUUUAAAGCACGACUAGUGGCUAGAGGCUUCUCUCAAGUUCCUGGAGUUGAUUUUGAUGAGACUUUUAGCCUUGUCCUCAAACCAACCACUCUUCGUAUGGUCCUUGCUCUUGCCACAACAUGUGCUUGGCCUCUCCGACAACUUGAUGUGAAGAACGCCUUCCUUCAUGGUGAACUCAAUGAGACAGUUUAUAUGAAUCAACCACCAAGUUUUGAAGAUCUGACAUACCCUCACUAUGUUUGCCAACUAAAUCGCUCCAUUUAUGGCCUUAAACAAGCUCCAAGGGCCUGGUUUGACACCUUUACACUACAUCUUUUGAGUAUGGGCUUCUUUUGCAGUCAAGCAGACUCCUCAUUGUUUGUCUCGCAUAAUCCUCAAGGAACAGCCUUGCUACUUCUAUAUGUUGAUGACAUUGUGCUCACGGCAAGCUCAGAUGAACUACUACAGCGUACUAUUGACAAUCUUAGCCAUAAAUUUACUAUCAAGGAUCUUGGCACUCUUCGAUAUUUCUUGGGUAUUAAAGUCACUAGCUUUCCUAGAGGAAUUUUUCUUUCCCAAGCUAAAUAUGCUCGUGACAUUCUUACUCGAGCUUCGAUGCUAGAAGCCUCUACUAUUUCUACUCCAUUAGCCAUAAAAGAUCCUGUUACACUACGAGAUAAUGAGUUAGUUGAUGAACAUGAAUACAGAAAGAUUGUGGGAGCCCUCCAAUAUCUCACCAUCACUAGAAUUGAUCUUUCCCAUGCAGUAAAUAAGGUGUGCCAAUUCAUGCAAACUCCUACUCUUGCACACUUACGCCAAGUUAAAAGGAUCCUACGAUAUGUUAAAGGAUCUCUUCCUUAUGGACUUCGUUUCUCCGCAUGUAGUACCUUGUCCUUGACAGGAUUCUGUGAUGCCAAUUGGGCAGGAUGUGCUACUACAAGAAGAAGUACCACAGGCUAUUGCAUUUUCCUUGGAGCUAACUGUAUUUCAUGGGCCUCCAAAAAGCAACCAACUAUAGCGCAUAGUACUGCUGAAGCUGAAUAUCGUGCACUAGCAUCAACAACAGCUGAACUAGUUUAGAUUACCUAUCUACUUCGGGAUAUUGGGGUGUCUUUACAUUCACCUCCUCAGUUGUUCUCUGACAACAUAAGUGCGUUGCAUAUGUCCAUCAAUCCUGUGUUUCAUGCCCGAACCAAGCACAUUGAGUUGGAUUAUCACUUUGUUCGGGAAAAAGUUGCAUUA